UGAGUAUAUUUGUAAAAAGUAAUACGUAUAUGCAUAUUACUGACUUCACCCUCUUCACAGACAUGUCACAUGUCACAGACCUGUCACCUUUCAAAAUUUGAUUCGUUUUUUUUUAAGAAAUGUAAUUGAUUAAAAUAAAAUCAAAUUAAAAUAAUAAGUUCAGCUCUUAAAAAUAUAAAUCAUAAUUACCAAUAAAAACAAUGUGGCACGAAGCAAGGCGUCAAGAACGAAAAAUUCGCGGUAUGUUAGUAGACUACCGGAGGAGAGCAGAAAGACGUAGAGACUUUUACGAAAAAAUUAAAGCAGAUCCUACACAGUUCUUACAAAUACACGGUAGACGAUGUAAAAUUCACUUGGAUCCUGUUAUAGCAGCAGCAGCUGAUAGUGCUGUCAUGAUGCCUUGGCAGGGUCAAGCAGACAAUCUGAUUGACCGAUUCGAUGUAAGGGCUCAUUUAGAUUAUAUACCCCCAAUUAAGAAGGAGGACCCCCCAAGCCCUACUCAAGAAGAUCGCCAACUGAAUUAUGAAAGGUAUAGGAUUAUCGCCCAGAAUGCUUACCUUGGAGUAUCUGAGGAAAAGUUUUUGAAACAGUUGUAUUUGGAAGAGCAAUUUGGUUACACUGAGAACAAAAAUAAAAAAGAACCUAAAGGUGUAGGUGUUGCUAUUGGAUUUAACUAUGAGGACGGAACAGCAAUUCAGACAGCUCCAGUUGUAGACUCUCCAGAAGAAAAUUCAGAUGGUGACAACUCAGACAGUGAUCUUGAUGUAGACUUAGCAAUCAAUGUAUCCAAAAUAGAUUCAGCUCAAGCACAUGAAAUGAAUAAACAUGGGCAACACUUUGGCAUGUCGGGAAAUGAUUUCUAUUCAUUUUUAACCAAUGAUUUAGAAGAGGCCGAAAGCUAUAAGUUAGCUAAGGAGGAAGAGCAAGAAAAAUCACUGUUUUCAGGCAGAAAAUCUAGAAGGGAACGGAGGGCUCACAGAGAAAAAAGGUUGGCAAACAGGAAAAUUAGUCCUCCCAGUUAUGCCGCAAAAGAAUCUCCAACAAAUCCAUCAUUAAGGGAUUAUAGCCAAUCACCUUCAAGGACACCUUCUCCUGAUGCUGGAAAAAUAACUUAUAUUACAUCAUUUGGAGAUGAUGAAGAGCCCUCUACAGCUUCAAAGCCGACUUAUGCUGAAAAAGUCAAAUUCGGAAAAUCGAAGAAAACCGAUACUAGUACAGAGAACGUGGUUAAUUUGGACAGAAAAUCAAAUAGAUCUCGUAGUCGAGAAACAUUGUACAAUAGAAAACGUCGGUCCGAAAGUAAGCCCCGAACUCUUCGAAGGUCUAGAAGCAAAUCCAGACCGCGAAGAUCGAGAAGCAGAUCGCGGCGUCGUUCGAGCAGCAGAAAUCGCCGUUCUAGAUCCAGAAGUAAAUCUAAGAGGCCGAGGAGGAGUUUCUCUAGGGACAGAUUGAGACGUCGUGUAUCGUCCAAGUCGAGAAGCAGAUCUAGAUCGGUGAGAAGGAGGAGUUCAAGCCGAUCGCGGUUUCGAAUAAGCAGAUCGAGAAGCGCGCACAGUAGGUCGAGAUCGCGAGUGCGCAGGUCGAGGUCGCGCCUCAGUAGGUCGAGAUCAAGAAGAGGAAGCGGAUCCAAAAGGAGGUCAAGAUCUUACAGCCGGAUUACUAUAUCAUCGUCGUCAUUAUCAAGCAGCUCAGUUUCUUCUAAAUCGUAUCGGAGGUCGCGUUCGAGAAGUUCCAGAUCGACCAAAAGUAGAAGUAGAACUCCACAAGCGCCAACACCACCAAAAAUUCUGCCUAGAUACUAUGGAAGGAAGAGAAGUGAUGAAAGUUCUUCUCAUUCGAGCAGCUCUGAUAGCGAUAGCAAUCAGGAUGUUGAAAUGAGACCGGUCUAUCCGGAAGCUAGUGACUCAAAGUACGGAACAAGUAAAAAUUCAGGCUCAGUGUCCAAAAAGCCCACUACUACUUUGACUAUUAUUGAAAGGCUUAAGCGCAGACGUCAAGCGGCCAUUAACAAACAAUUUAUAAAAGAUAAAAUAGCAGAAGUUCAAAAAAUUGAACGAGAGAAACAAGAACAACAAACCAGAGAAGACGAACUGCGAGAAAUGGCUAUCAAACUACGUCGCAGGCAAAGAGAGAAAAGACACGCUUACGAUCGCUCCUCCAGUUCGGACUCUGACAAAAGUAGCGGUUCUCGCAACAGAGAUAGCAGAUCUUCCCACAGCAGAGAUAGGGAUUCGAAUCGGAGCGACAGAGACAGACGGGAUAAGGACAGAAGUAGGAGUAGGGAAAGGCGCAGGCGGUCGCGAUCCAGAUCUAGAGAGAAAGACAAGGAUAGACGAUCAAGAUCUGAAUCGAAAACAAGGCGAGAGCGGGAUAGGAAUAGAGACAGGGAUAACGAUCAAAGAGAACCUAAGAAAUUAGUGGAUUAUUAAGUUUUUACAUUAUCAAUAUCUAAGGUAUGCAUGAUUGGUGUUAAGAAUGGAAGGUAUAGUUAAAUAACUUUAUUAUUUUAAUUUUGUUCUAUAUAUAUUGUAGGGAAUAUAUAAGUUUUUAUAUUAUUUAAGUCUUUUAGUUGGCUGUAAACCAAGCAGGCGUUGACUUUAUAUUCUGGUAAAGGAGAGAUUAUUUCUGUUUUUAAUAAAUUUACAGUAAUCAUAAAGACCUGAACUAAACUUUGUAAUGGACAUUAUAAUUAAUUAUGCUAAAUUUAGUUCAAUAUAGAGUAUGGAAUA